AUGAUCAAUUGUUUGUGCUGUAAUACUUUAUCAACAUGCUGCUGGUACUUUCUUGAAUUUGGAAUUGGCUCUUCAUAUUAUGUGGAACAAUUGGUAAUCAAACUUGGCUUAAAACCUCCAAAUCUAACACCUCUUCAAUUGGAUAUGAAUUGUAGUAGACGAGCUGCUAAUUUAGGAAGAACACUUGGAGUUACUCUAGGUUGCUUUUUGGGGAUGUUUCCUUUACUAUUAAAAAAAGAUGAAGAAUCUAAGGAUGAAAAAUCUGUUGAGGAAGAGGAUGAAAAAUAA